GAGCGAGACUUGUUUCUUUCCUCUCGCCGCAGCCUGUACCCUUGAUGCCCACCGAGUUUGUUUCUGAGAUCCCAGUCAUCGCACCGCGUCACUUCGACUCGGAAGGUAAGGACCCACAAGACGAGGAUGGCGAAGGCAGGCUCGCCGAUGAGGAAAGUCUUCAAAGCAGACCGUUAAGUCAAGAGUUCGACGACGAGUCACCUUAUCCUGAAGUGCGAUCCGCAGUAGCCAAUACCGAUGAUCAAUCUAUUCCGGUAACGACCCUGCGGACAUGGGUCAUAGGUCUCGCAUGGGCCAUCAUCAUGCCCGGUGUGAACCAGUUCUUUUUCUUUCGCUUUCCCUCCGUGCCCAUCACCGGGAUCGUUGCUCAACUUCUCUCAUUCCCCAUCGGUCGCUUCUGGGCUGCAUAUCUACCACAAGUACAAAUUUUUGGUGUCUCACUGAAUCCUGGUCCGUUCACGAUAAAGGAACAUGUGUUGAUAACGAUAAUGGCAUCCGUUGGCGCUCAAUCUGCUUACGCAACAGAUGUUAUUGCCGUCCAGAGGGUUUACUAUAACCAGUAUUACAAUUUUAGUUACCAAUGGUUCAUAGUCAUGUCCACACAGCUUAUCGGGUUCUCCGCCGGAGGUGUGGCCCGACGGUUCCUGGUAUCUCCACCCAGCAUGAUCUGGCCAUCAACCCUCGUCAGCUGUGCUUUAUUCAACACCCUACACUCGCAAUAUUAUGCUGGAAUCGGUAAUCUAGGCGGCAUAAGUCGAGAGCGGUUCUUCGUAUAUGGCUUCUUAUGCUCGUUCGUUUGGUACUUCUUCCCUGGUUACCUCUUCCAAGCUUUAUCGUAUUUUUCGUGGGUAACAUGGAUCGCCCCUGAAAAUGCAGCUAUUGCACAACUAUUCGGUUAUGUCCACGGCAUGGGGAUGUCUGUGAUAACGUUCGACUGGAGUCAAAUCGCGUAUAUCGGUUCACCACUUGCUACUCCAUGGUGGGCAAGCGCCAAUGUAUUUGGUGGCUUUAUAGUAUUUUACUGGAUAAUUACGCCUAUACUCUAUUUCACCAACACCUGGUAUUCCCUGUAUAUGCCAAUCUCUUCACGGACAUCUUACGACAAUACAAUGAGCUCCUAUAAUGUAACCCGGAUACUGACACCUAACGCGACUCUUGAUAUGGGCGCUUACAAAGCAUAUAGCCCCCUCUAUGUCUCUACUACAUUUGCAAUGUCAUACGGGCUUUCCUUCGCAUCUAUCACUGCAAUCUUGAUCCAUGCUUUCCUACACUUCCGCAUACAGAUCAUGCAACAAGCUCGGAGGUCAUUAGGAGAGCAACCUGAUAUUCACGCUAGACUCAUGGCUCGAUACCCUCAGGUGCCUGAAUGGUGGUAUCUCAUUUUGUUUGCCGCUAUGUUUGCGCUGGGUGUUAUUAGUAUCGAGUUGUGGCCAACCGAUAUGCCAGUGUGGGCAUUUGUUAUUGCUUUGGUGAUCGCCUUCACCUACAUUAUCCCUGUUGGUAUGAUACAGGCUAUCACAAACCAGCAAGUAGGACUAAAUGUAAUAACGGAGCUCAUUAUUGGAUACGCACUUCCUGGACGUCCCAUCGCCAUGAUGAUGUUCAAGACGUGGGGUUACAUAACUAUGUCCCAGGCACUGACAUUCACAGCCGACUUCAAACUAGGCCAUUAUAUGAAAAUCCCACCACGGAAGAUGUUUUGGUGCCAGAUUGUAGCUACUAUCAUCGCUGGAACCACACAGUUAGCCGUGCAAGAAUGGAUGUUCGCUAACAUACCAGACAUGUGUACCCCAAAUCAAAAAGACGGUUUUAUUUGUCCGAGCACCGAAGUUUUUGGAACGGCUUCGAUAAUAUGGGCCCUCCUCUUUUUCUUCCUCGUCGGGGCAAUUGCUCCCCUUAUUCCCUGGCUUAUAACGAAGAGAUAUCCCAAUAACUUCGUCAGAUAUAUAAACCCCCUGAUAUUCGAUGGCACCUAUCUUAUCCCUCCAGCAACUGCAUUGAACUACGUCCCAUGGGCGUUGGUUGGCUUUAUCUUUCAACACGUGAUUCGAAGACGGAACUUCUCGUGGUGGACGAAAUAUAAUUAUGUAUUAUCAGCUGCUCUGGAUGCUGGUUUGGCUGUAUCAAUAAUUGUAAUAUAUUUCGUUCUACAAUAUCCUGGUGAUGGAUACAUCGGAGCAAAUAAUGUGCUUACUUGGUGGGGUAAUACGGUGUUCAGAACGAAUUAUGACGGACAAGGGAUACCAGUUCGUCAGCUCGCCAAAGGGCAAACGUUUGGACCCAGUGCCGAUACGUGGUAGCAGGCGUAAUAGACUCUUAUUAGAUUUAGAGAGGACUUACACUUACCUUGCAUCAUGGGACUUGUACGUGUAUUGUUAUGUUAUGUUAUAUCUAUAGUGUCGAAUGUUAUGCUAUCGUUUGCU